GGGAAACCCGAGUGCUGUGUGAAAAUACACAGAAAACUCUUUUGAGAAAACUCGCAUGACAUUGCCUCGUGACUCUAGGAGAGAAGUGCCUUCUUCCGGUGACCCCUGUGGCUGCGCCUCUGCCUGUGUGCCUGUCCAUGUCUACCAAACCAGUCGACUUGGCCAGUCUUCACACCACUGACACCGUCCUUCUUCCCUCCGUCUCCUGCUCUGUCUGCCUGCCCGGCCUCUCUCCAUCCAUGCCACUCUGCCUUCCUCUGUGGAAGUCAACCACUCCCCCAUCAUCAGCAGACGGAGGCCGAUACUGAAGGCCGUCUCCGUGCCGUCUCGUCCACCACAGCCUUCUUCCUCGUCCGACUCUUCCAUUUCAUAUUUUUUUCCUCCUACCUCGUGUCCCCGCAGCCCUGCAUCUUUUUUUUAUCAUGGGCAAGCUCAAUCGAUAAUGUGUUCUGCCAUUCAUCUCAUCUGACAGUUCAGCCGAGGAGCCUCGACAGGUGUGUGUGUGUGUGUGUGUGUGUGCGUUUGAGAGAUUACAAAGCAAACCCCUUUGGCCAUCACCAGCCAGGCCCUCUGUGAGAGGUGGUGAGGGAUUCCUGUUGCAGCCACAAACCGACUCAAAAGGAUGGGCCGCAGGUGGUAGGCGAGUCCCAGGCCUCACAGGCUUCACCUCGGAAUCAAAUCCUGGGGACUAAAACCUCUUAAAACUCUUUUUCCCAUGUCCUUUACCUAUUCGUUCUCAUCAUUUGCGCCAGCGUCAUUCAAGACAUACGGUGCAGACGGACGUCAUUGCAUUGGCUGGAUAUCUAUUCCUCUCCAUCGCCCCCUCCUGCCUUGUUCAAAAUGGCGAUGAAUAUGACGCAGAUCCGGGAUACAAAGUGGCUGACAUUGGAGGUUUGUCGGGAAUUCCAGAGAGGAACGUGUUCCCGACUGGACAACGAGUGCAAGUUUGCCCACCCCGCCAAGAGCUGUCAAGUGGAAAACGGCCGAGUCAUCGCUUGUUUUGACUCACUCAAGGGCCGCUGUUCCAGGGAGAACUGCAAGUACCUGCAUCCUCCCCCCCACCUAAAGACCCAGCUGGAGAUCAAUGGAAGGAACAACCUCAUCCAGCAGAAAAACAUGGCCAUGCUGGCCCAGCAGAUUCAUCUCGCCAACGCCAUGAUGCCGGGCACACAGCUACAGCCAGUGCCCAUGUUUUCAGUCACACCCAGCCUUGCAACCAACAUCAACGCUGCAGCCGCAUUUAACCCCUACCUUGGCCCGAUGUCGCCCGGCAUGAUGUCCGCGGACAUCUUGCCCAGUGGCCCCGUACUGGUCACCAGCAACCACAGCGUCCCCAUACCAGCUGCUGCUGCUGCUGUUGCUGCACAGAAACUCAUGAGGACAGACAGGCUGGAGGUGUGUCGGGAAUACCAGCGGGGUAACUGCACACGCGGGGAGAGCGACUGUCGCUUCGCCCACCCUUCCGAUAGCACGAUGAUCGACACCAACGACAACACAGUCACCGUGUGCAUGGACUACAUUAAGGGCCGCUGCUCCAGGGAGAAGUGCAAGUACUUUCACCCGCCGGCUCACCUGCAGGCCAAGAUCAAAGCCGCCCAACACCAAGUCAACCAGGCGGCGGCGGCUGCAGCCAUGGGGCUCCCUCCCUUGCCUCCUUUACCAAAGAGACCUGCACUUGAAAAAGCCAAUGGUGCCACCCAUAUGUUCAAUGCUGGUGUGUUCCAGUACCAACAGGCCCUGGCCAACAUGCAGUUUCAGCAGCAGGCUGCCUUCAUACCGUCAGGCUCGAUAUUGUGCAUGACACCUGCAACAAGUAUUGUACCCAUGAUGCACGGUGCUAAUCCAGCCACAUCUGCCACAAGUGUUCCCUUUGCAACGGCAACAGCCAAUCAGAUUCCAAUAAUAUCUGCUGACCAUCUGACUAGUCACAAAUAUGUGACCCAGAUGUAGGAAUCUAAAUCAGAAAAGUGGAACUGGAACUGCACCCUUCACGCCUGUAACGUUAAGAGCAAAACUCAGAACCGAUCUAAAUUGGUUUGGGAUAUAUCUGCAUGUUAAUGUAGGAGGCACAGUUUGUAAGGAUUGUUUUAAUGUGUACUUCAUGCACACUAUUACAUCAAAAGAGAAAAAGAACAUCAUUUACAUUACAGACGGCCUUUUCUCGCUCUGUGGAGGCAACUAACCUUUAUUCACCGGACACACUUUGAAUGUUACCAUGAGGCGAAAGAGUGGAGCGGUCGUCAACACACAUCGGCUGGAAGAAUCAUGACGUGUGGCUUUUUCGUUUGACCUAAAUGUGUUCAUUCGUUUACACAUUUAAUUUGAGUUCAAAGAAAUGAAUGAUCCGACUGAAUCGCACACGCAUGUACGAUGACUUUGUUUGCGAUUUUAUUUUUUAUUUUGUGAUGAGGGAAAUCACGUGAGUGCACUCAGAGGCAAAAUGGCAACUGAUUGUCUGUUGUCUGUCAAACCCGUGUAGCCUACCUUUCUCUAUCUUAAGCACAUGCCUUCACCCUAGCAGGCCUCCCUGGAGACUACCAUACAUCUCAAAACACAUGAACGGUAUUAAAGCAGUUCUACGAAGCGUUAAACCCAACAGUUCCCUUUAAUAUGUCGAUUGUGUCUCUUGAACAGCAUGUCGUGUACAUUAUUGUGCCCUUUUAUUUUCUGUGAGUCCCAGUAGCACCACCGCUGACUCGAUAACCUGCUCCAGAUUGACUGCUUCACUCAAAUCUUCUCCUGAAUGAAUCGGUUUUUUGUGUGUGUGUCUCAGACUUUGUUGUUGAUGUCAGUUGUUCGGACAGGGAAUGACUGGAUCUCUCCGCGGGGUCUCUGUGGGGAGACCAAAAGCUCAUUUUGAUGAAGAUGUUGCGAUGAUUAGCUCUGAAACCACGAUCAGUUGGUAUCCCGACUGCUGUGAGACCCAAGUCCAGAUCGACGGUGCAACUGGCGAUGGAUUUGUAUGACGUCAUUUGUCCUUCAUUCGUAUGGUCGUGCAUAUUUCGCCAAAGUAGAUUCAGUUUAGUGGAUGUAUAGUCUGACAUAUUUAAAACAAUAUUUGUUGAAUGCAUCUACCUGAGAGCUGUUUUCAGAUAGUCAGCCAAAGUCUUUUCGUGUCACUGUUACUAGAUAUCGUGGGUAGGCUAGUGGGACUAAAUUGAAAAGAUGUGUGGGCCUCACACGCGAACUCGCAGUAGGAUCAGGUGCAUAGAGUAGAUCUCUAGAAAUCUUUGUUUGUGUCGUGUUCUCGGUGGAUAGUACAGGGAAAGUGGCAAGAAUAUAAACGAUUGUAUGACUCAUCCAAAGCCUUAGAAUGUACCAUCGGGUCAGCACAAUGCAACACGCCAUGUUGAACCAUCCAGUUGCCUAACCCACGCCAUAUUUACUUACACACACAGAGCACUCUGUUAUUGUUUUUUUUCUUUAGAUGAGGAGCAUUUAACUUUAUUUAGUUUUGCUCAUUAUAUUUAUCCUUCUUAUGAUAAACAUGAGGUUAAAAGAAAAGUGUGGUUGUGUGUCGUCUUGCACAGUUACCUGAAAUUCCAUGUAAUGUUAAUUUUUAGUAAGAUUAUGAUUGUAAACUUAAUAUUUUCUACGUUAUGCAUAUUGUUGAACUUUAUGCAUAUUGUUCAUUUCUCUCGUCUAUUUGUGUUCUUUGAACAGAGAUGUUUUAUAUGAGUAUCUAACAGUGAUGAAAUAAUAGAACAGAGAGGCUAAGUUGUCACUGUGGCAACCAUCACCGAUAAUGGAGUAAUAUUUUAACGAUUGUAAGGUUUGUAACUAGUCAUAUAAGAAGAAAAAAAGACAAUUGUAAAAAUAUAAUUCCUUAGAUGUUUCGAGUAAAGAUGUUAUUUUCUACUGUAUCCAUUUCAAAUAGUAAAUAUUGUUUUAAUAUUUUUACUCUCCCUGGAAAUUGGGCCAUGUUGGAAAACAAGCUGCAUCUUUGAUCACUUUUUUGGGGCGUCGCUGGCGGGGUCAGGUGAGCAGGGUGACAGGGAACAGAGUCUGGACACCCGGCUCUUACUUAGCCAACUGCAAACAACAAGGGAGGGGAUGGGGAACGUUAGAGGAGAUAAAAGGUGAUAAAGGUUGACUUUUUUGCACUUCUGUACAUAGUCAAAAAAGAGAGAUUCAUGUAUAUUGAGAUCUUAUUUUGAAUAAAAAAAAUUAUGUCUAUAUGACACGGAAUUUUGCUAGGAUAACAAACAAAAAAAAUCUUCUGAAAGGCUGAACAAAAUUGCUUGCAUCAAAAGGGCACUGAGUUGUCAUGCUCCGACCCGAUUCAGAAAAGGCCACGUGUUGCUCUUCUUUUCUGUCAGCGGCUUGUAGUUUGCCAGGUAACCUUCCGGAGGAGGCGUCCACGACCCUCUAGCUAAGGGCCUGACUGGGUUUGUCUGGUCCCCUAACCGGCCUGUACUCACAGGUCUGGGCGUCAUGGCCACGCCCUCCCAGGCCCAACCAAUCACAACACAUCCUGUCUACUUACUUAACUCAGAGAGGAAUGCAUGUUAAAGGAAAUACAUAUACCGCUUAAAAAGAUUCGGAGCAGUAAUAUUAAAUAGGAAAAUAUGUUACAGAGAAAGAUGUAUUCACACUAUACAAUUUUCUAUCAAUGUAAUUGAAUAAUAUACUGUAUAUAUAUAUAUAUACAGUAUAUAAAUAUAUAUAUAUAUAUAUAUAUACAUAUAUAUAUAAUACAAAAAUAGAAUAGUGGUUUGUUAAAAAAUAAAAAAAGAUUCCUGAGAAAAUACUCACUAAAGUUGGAGAGUACAUGCAACACAAACACAGUUUCUAUAAGUAUGUUCUUUAUGUUUAUGUAAGCUGUGCUUCUAGUAGAUGAAACUGAUCAAACAGGUGGAAUUUAAGAAUAAUUUCAGAUUGAAAUACUGUUUUGUGGUAUGGUCAUUGAGUUGUUCGUUUGAAAUGAUCUCCUGAUCAUCUUUGUCAUCUCUCAUCUCCUACAAGCACGCAUGCUUACGUUUAUGAUACAAUGUAAAUUGAACUUUUCUUUUCUUGUUUGUUUUCUCUGCUCGUAGUGCUAAUAUGAUGUAUUCUGUCUUCUGCUGCAAUUUGUUUUGCUUGUUUUAUUGCUCCAGGCCCCUUGAAAGGAUGUGACAUGUUUUAAAAUACCAGCACCUGAUUGCCACAAUCUAAAGCCAUAAAAUAUAUGCUGCUCAGAAGAAAAUGUGUGGGAGGAAAUCAGAAGUGAAAUCGAGGUAGGGAACGGUACCUUCUGAAGCUGGUAUAAUAUUCGCUGGGGUUUUAUAAACUACAACAUCUUGUCAUAAUUUAAGUCAUGAAUGUAGCUAAUAUAACCUGUGAUGUGCUGUACCAACUUUGAUGGAUGUCUUCGGUUAAAAGAGAAAAAGUUAUUCGCACAUUUUUUCACGGGGCCUGAAUUGCUAUAUUUGAUGAUUGCUGUUAUGAAUUAAAACAAAAAAAGUAAUAAAAAUGUACAAAUGAACUGA